CAUGACAACUUUUCAAAAGGUUCAUGCUCUUAUCUUUCUCAUGCUUUUGAUAUCUUUGCUUCCCUUGAAAAUCACAGCAUCACCAAGAACAGAAGCAGAAGCCAUUGUGAAAUGGAAAAAUACUCUAUCCCCUCCUCUUCCUCCCUCUCUAAACUCUUCAUGGUCCCUCACCAACCUUGGCAACCUUUGCAAUUGGGAUGCCAUUGUUUGUGACAACACCAACUCAACAGUCUCCGAGAUAAACUUGUCUGGUUACAAUCUCACUGGGACUCUCAUUGGCUUGGACUUUGCUUCCCUUCCUAACCUCACCCAACUCAACCUCAAUGCCAACAAUUUUGGUGGUUCAAUACCAUCAGCAAUUGGCAACCUCUCCAAGCUGACUUUUUUGGACUUGAGUCACAACUUAUUUGAAGACAUACUGCCCUAUGAGCUAGGGCAGCUAAGAGAACUUCAAUAUCUUAAUUUUUAUUACAACAAUCUCAAUGGUACCAUUCCCUAUCAGCUCAUGAAUCUCCCUAAGGUAAGGUACCUGGACUUUGGAUCAAACUACUUUAUAAGUCCUUUUGAGUGGUCAAAAUAUUCAGGCAUGCCUUCCUUAACUUACCUUGCUUUGGAUCUCAAUUACUUCACUGCUGAAUUCCCAAGAUUCAUACUGGAGUGCCAGAACUUGACAUACCUUGACAUCUCUCAGAAUCAGUGGAAUGGCACCAUACCUGAAUCCUUGUAUAGCAAUUUGGCCAAGCUGGAAUACCUCAACCUCACCAAUUGUGGCCUUCAAGGGAAACUGUCACCCAACUUGUCCAUGCUUUCUAAUCUCAAAGAACUUCGUAUAGGUAAUAACAUGUUUAAUGGUUCUGUUCCCACUGAGAUAGGAUUGAUAUCUGGGCUUCAAAUUCUUGAAUUGAAUAACAUUUCUGCCAAUGGGAAAAUUCCUUCUUCAUUAGGCCAACUCAGGGAGCUCCGGUACCUUGAUCUCAGUAAUAAUUUUUUGAAUUCUACAAUCCCUUCUGAGCUUGGCCUAUGCACAAAUCUAACCUUUUUGAGUUUAGCAAUGAAUAGUUUGACUGGUCCUUUGCCUUUGUCAUUAGCUAAUCUGGCUAAAAUAUCACAAUUGGGAUUAUCAGAGAAUUCCUUUUCUGGUCAACUUUCUGCUUCAUUCGUCUCUAACUGGACUCAGUUGAUCUCCUUGCAAGUUCAAAACAAUAAAUUUGCAGGAAAGAUUCCUCCACAGAUUGGCCUGUUGAAAAAAAUUAAUUACCUCUAUCUGUACAAUAAUCUAUUCUCUGGUUCAAUUCCUGUAGAGAUUGGAAAUCUGAAGGAAAUGAUAGAGUUGGACCUUUCCCAAAACCAAUUCUCUGGUCAAAUUCCAUCAACACUUUGGAAUCUGACAAACAUUCAAGUCAUGAAUCUUUUCUUCAAUGAGCUCUCUGGAACCAUUCCCAUGGAUAUUGGAAACUUAACCUCACUGCAAAUCUUUGAUGUCAACACCAAUAACUUGUAUGGGGAGUUGCCAGAGACCAUUACUCAACUAACUGUUUUAAGAAAUUUUUCUGUGUUCACCAAUAACUUCACUGGCAGCAUUCCCAGAGAAUUUGGAAAGAGUAAUCCUGCUUUGACUCAUAUCUAUCUUUCAAAUAACAGCUUCUCCGGAGAACUGCCUCCUGACUUGUGCAAUGAUGGGAAUCUAAUUAUCUUGGCAGUCAAUAACAACAGCUUUUCAGGGCCAUUGCCAAAGUCAUUCAGAAAUUGUUCAUCACUAACUAGAGUUCGGCUUGAUGAUAACCAUUUCACUGGAAGCAUCACAGACGCAUUUGGGGUACUCCCAAAUCUUGUUUUUAUCUCACUUAGUAGAAAUCAGCUUGUUGGUGAGCUCUCCCCGGAGUGGGGUGAAUGUGUCAACUUAACUCUGAUGGAUAUGGGAAGCAACAAACUUUCCGGAAAAGUUCCAUCUGAACUAAGUAAGUUGAGUCAAUUGAGGUAUCUAAGCCUUCAUUCCAAUGAAUUCACUGGCAAUAUCCCACCUGAAAUUGGAAAUCUAGGCCAGCUUUUCAUGUUCAACUUGAGUAGUAACCAUUUAUCAGGAGAAAUCCCAAAGAAUUAUGGCAGAUUGGCUCAGCUAAAUAAUCUUGAUUUGUCAAAUAACAACUUCAGUGGAAGAAUUCCUAGAGAACUCGGUGAUUGUGGUCGCUUGCUGAGUCUGAAUUUAAGCCACAACAAUCUAUCUGGGGAGAUACCAUAUGAACUUGGCAAUCUGUUCUCACUCCAAAUCAUGUUGGACCUCAGCAGCAACUCUCUCUCUGGGGCUCUUCCCCAAAACCUUGAAAAGUUAGCAUCAUUGGAGAUUCUCAAUGUCUCACACAACCAUCUAUCAGGGAAAAUCCCACAAUCAUUUUCAAGCAUGCUCAGCCUUCAAUCUAUUGAUUUUUCUUACAACAACUUGAGUGGUAGAAUCCCCACAGGUGGUGUUUUUCAGACAGCAACUGCUGAAGCCUAUGUUGGGAACAAUGAUUUGUGUGGUGAGGUAAAAGGAUUAACUUGCCCCAAAGUGUCUUCCCCAGGCAAAUCUGGAGGGGUAAACAAAAAGGUUCUUCUUGGUGUUAUCAUACCGGUUUGUUGCUUAUUUAUUGGGAUGAUUGGUGUUGGAGUCCUAUUAUGCAGGCAGCACGCCAAAAAACGCCUUGAUGAAGAGUCCAAAAGCAUUGAAAAAAGUGAUCAGUCUAUUAGCAUGGUGUGGGGAAGAGAUGGGAAAUUCACAUUUUCUGAACUUGUUAAGGCCACAGAUGACUUUAAUGACAAGUACUGCAUUGGAAAGGGAGGAUUUGGAAGUGUUUAUAGAGCACAUUUACUCACAGGUCAAGUUGUUGCUGUUAAAAGGCUGAACAUAUCAAACUCUGACGAAAUUCCUGCGGUGAACCGCCAGAGCUUUGAGAAUGAGAUAAAAUCACUUACAGGAGUGAGGCACCGCAAUAUAAUAAAGCUUUAUGGGUUCUGCUCUUGGAGGGGACAAAUGUUCUUGGUUUAUGAACAUGUAGAGAGAGGAAGUUUGGGGAAAGUAUUGUAUGGAGAGGAAGGAAAAUUGGAACUAAGGUGGGCUACAAGGCUUAAAAUUGUGCAGGGAAUAGCACAUGCGAUAUCAUACUUGCAUACUGACUGCUCCCCACCCAUUGUGCACCGGGAUAUUACAUUGAAUAACAUUCUACUAGACUCAGAUUUUGGACCUCGCCUUGCAGAUUUUGGCACAGCAAAGCUGCUAAGCUCCAACACUUCAACCUGGACCUCGGUUGCUGGAUCCUAUGGCUACAUGGCUCCAGAACUAGCACAAACCAUGAGGGUGACUGACAAGUGUGACGUGUAUAGCUUUGGAGUGGUGGUGUUGGAGAUAAUGAUGGGAAAGCAUCCUGGAGAACUGUUGACUAGGAUGCAUUCAAACAAGUACUUGUCAUCAAUGGAGGAAGCAGAGGUGCUACUGAAGGAUGUGCUUGACCAACGGCUUCCACCUCCAACGGGCCAAUUAGCAGAAGCAGUAGUGUUCACAGUGACCAUAGCGUUGGCAUGCACACGUGUGGCUCCAGAGUCCAGACCCAUGAUGCGUUCUGUGGCACAAGAACUAUCAGCCACUACGCAGGCUUAUCUUGCCGAGCCUUUUGGCAUGAUAACCAUAAGCAAGCUUACAGGGUUCCAGAAAUAGUGUCAUGUAGGACUGUGUCAUAACUUUGUAGAAAUGUGUUUAGUUUCAUUUUCUUGCACACAAAUAUGUAUACUCGGUUGUAAAAUUAUAUUUGAAGUUCAAAUUUAAUACUACAAUAAAGGAUAGGUUUGAUGAUU